GGUGGCUCCCAUUCGAAGGCGACGGCGGUCGUCUGUAUAUUUCGGUUUAAUCUCUCCAGAAAGAAAAAAAAAACAGAGCGAUAUAAACUCCGAGCUUCACACUUUUCUUUUUUUUUUAAAAAAAACGAAAAAAAAGAUUUGUUUUUUUUUCCUCCCCUUCCUCUCCUCUUCCUCUCAGCUUCUUCUCCGGUCGAGCUUGUGUGACAGAGCACUGGAAUGACGGGGUGUGCCGAGAAUUUGAAUUAGCUUUGCCGUUAGUUUGAAGAAAGAGUGAGAGAGAGAGAGAGUGAGUGAGGGAGUGAGAGAGAGAGAGAGAGAGAGAAGCCAUUUUGUCCCGACUGUGUGGGAGAAAAGAAAGAGUGGAAAAGAGGAAUCACACGGGAGGAAGAUCCUAUUUUUUUUGCUUUCUGUUCUCAUGCUGUAGAGAGGCUGAAACUAGUCCGGCUUCGGGGAUUUAAAACUUCUCGGACAUUGUCGGUUUUGGUAUUUUAGCCAACUAGCUCGCCGAGCUAAUCAACAAAUCCCCAGAUUGUUAAGAAGAAGAAGAAGAAGAAGAAGAAGGGGGUCGGCUUGGCUUGAAGGGAGCUGGCUUUAGACUUCUUCUUCUACAUUAGACGUGCUUUAGGUUAUUAGCUUUUUUUUUGUUUGUUUUGUUUUUGUUUUUUUUGUAUCUCGGAACACACGCUUUGUUUUUUCCCAAUGGCGAAGAAGACGUACGACUUGCUGUUCAAGCUGCUUCUGAUCGGAGACUCGGGCGUGGGGAAGACCUGUGUGCUGUUCCGCUUCUCUGACGACGCCUUCAACACAACCUUCAUCUCCACCAUAGGAAUAGACUUCAAGAUCAAAACAGUUGAAUUACAAGGAAAGAAGAUCAAACUACAGAUCUGGGACACAGCGGGCCAGGAACGGUUCCACACCAUCACCACCUCCUACUACAGAGGAGCCAUGGGCAUCAUGCUGGUCUACGACAUCACCAACGCCAAGAGCUUCGAAAACAUCAGCAAAUGGCUGCGCAACAUUGAUGAGCAUGCAAAUGAGGACGUCGAGAGGAUGCUGCUAGGCAACAAGUGUGACAUGGAGGACAAGAGGGUCGUACCAAAAGCCAAGGGGGAGCAGAUCGCGAGGGAGCACGGCAUUAGGUUUUUUGAGACGAGUGCUAAGGCCAACAUCAACAUCGAGAAGGCUUUCCUCACGUUAGCAGAAGACAUCCUGAGAAAGACGCCUGUAAAAGAGCCCAACAGUGAAAACGUCGACAUCAGCAGUGGAAGUGGAGUCACAGGCUGGAAGAGCAAGUGCUGCAGUUGAACAACUCCUCUGUCUCACUCACACUAACGCACACAAACACAGACAAACACACACAAACACACACACACACACACACACACACACACAUUCUGUCUGUCUCUCUCUCUAACUGCUAACUCUGUCUCGCUCUCUAACCUGUCUCAUGAGUUUUCUUGCACACUGACACUCUGUCUCUUUAUCAGAAUAAAAAAAAACAAAAAACAAUAAACCACUUCACUUGUCUAAUACCCCCCCUCCACCCCCCACCUCCAUCCCACCCAACCCCACCUCCUCCUCCUCCCUCAACACCACCGUAUUCUUCCACGCUCCAUCUGAUGAUAAUUUUUAUUUCUGAUAAAAAGAGAAAUCCAGUCACGUUUCUUGUCAUUUGUUUUAAAAGUUGUAAAAAAAAAAAGAGAGAAAAAAAAAGAAGAAGAAAAAAAAAUGUGAAAAGACAAGCUCAUAUUUUUAAUAUUUCCUUUGCCUGAGCUCACCUGGUUGGACACCCUCACCCACCCUUAACUCUCCCCACCCACCCACCUACCUGUUCACAGCACUCACCUUCAGUCAGAGGAAAUCGAAAUAAAAGAAAAUCACAACAAAAAAAAAAGUCAAAUGUAGGAUUAACAUUUUGUACACUUAGUGGGGUUUUCUGUUGUCUAACCGUAUUUGGUCAUUUACAAUUUGUUACCAAGUGACAGAGGUGUGGCUAGCUCCUUUUGUAUGUGGGGGUUUAUUUUGUCCUGUGCCUUAUAUGGAAGACAGGGGGGCGGGGCUGUGUGGUGGGCGGAGCCACAUCCAACCAAUGAAAUUACAGAUUAAUAUUCUGUCGGUUGCGGCUCCGGACAGGAGGACGCGGCGUCGAAGCAGAAGCGUUUGAAUUUCUCCUCCAGCCAAGAGAACGGCAUUAUACAGUAUGUCCUGUUUAUUGAUGUUUUUGUUUUUAUCUGUAUGAUUUAUUUUACUUUUUUUUUUUUUUUCUUUUUCCCUUUUUUGGGUUGAAUUUUUUUUUUUUUGUUCCUGCAUGCAGAUAUUUCUUUGGGUUGGAAGCGUUUCUGUAACGUUGUGUAACGUUUGCCACUCGGUAACUGUGGGCGGGAGGUACAGAAGUUCUCUUCUUUGGAAAUUCAAACAGUUUUUUGCAGAUCCAUUAAAAAUAAGCUUGUUUAAGUUAA